UGUAGUAACCGAGUCUGGGUGCUCCGGAUUGAGUUCCGGGUUCCCAAAGGGGGCUCGGUGUUCUAGAGAUGAGAUUCAGAUUUCCCGUGAUUGGAGGGAAUUUUGGGGUCUUCACCGGUCUUGUGGGCUCAGUAUGGAGGAAGGCGGAGACCCAGGAGGCCUGGUGAAGGUGGUCCAUCUGCUGGUCCUGUCGGGUGCCUGGGGCAUGCAAAUGUGGGUGACCUUCGCCUCAGGCUUCCUGCUUUUCCGAAACCUUCCCCGGCACACCUUCGGCCUAGUGCAAAGCAAACUCUUCCCUUUCUACUUCCACAUCUCUGUGGCCUGUGCUUUUAUCAACCUCUGCGUGGCGGCUUCUCAGCGUGCCUGGGUUCAUCUUACGUUCUGGGAGACCAGCCAGUGCUGCCUCCUGCUCCUGAGCCUCGUGCUGGCCAUCAUCAAUGCCCGCUGGCUGGAGCCUCGAACCACGGCCGCCAUGUGGGCUCUGCAAAGCGUGGAGAAGGAGCGAGGCCUGGGUGGGGAGGUGCCAGGCAGCCUCCAGGGGCCCGACCCCUACCGCCAGCUGCGGGAAAAGGACCCCAAGUACAGUGCUCUCCGCCAGAACUUCUUCCACUACCACGGCCUUUCCUCACUCUGCAACCUGGGCUGCGUCCUGAGCAACGGUCUCUGCCUCGCCAGCCUGGCCCUGGGCCUCCAAAGCCUCUAGCUCGGGCCCUGCUCGUCAAUAAAUGCUUCCUUGGAAA